AUGGCCAAGCGAAAGGCUGAAGGAACAGCUGCCCCCAGCUCUCCCGUAAAGAAGGGAAAACCGUCAAAGGCCUCCUCGCCAGCUCCGGCCCCGGCCCCCGUGGACGUCAAAUCCUCGUUCCGGAAGGGCCUCUUCGACAAGGCCGUGCAAGCCCAGUACCGAGAAGAAUAUGCUUCCUCCACCCCCUACAAACACGCCGUGAUCCACUCGCUAAUAGACGACGCCCUCCUGCGCUCUGUCCGCACCGAGGCCCUCACCUCACUACACUUCACGCCCAAAGAAACCGACAUCUACCGCAUCCACCAAUCCGGCGACCUCGCCAACCUCGACGGCCUCCCGCGCGCCAUGCAGAGGCUGCUCCCUCGCUGCGCCAGCUCCGCGACGCCCUCUACUCAAAGACCUUCCGCGACUACGUCUGCGCCGUCACCGGCUGCGGCGCCCUCAGCGGCACAAAGACAGACAUGGCAAUCAACGGUCUCGUACAUCCUGUACCUCACGUCCCCGGACAGCCCGUGGCAGGAGAGCUGGGGCGGCGCGCUGCGCCUGUAUCCGACGGUGGUGGCCGACGACGGCGUUACGAGGGUGCCGGAGCCAAUGUGGGAGAAGGUGAUCCCGCCGGCGUGGAACCAGCUGAGUUUCUUUGAGGUGCAGCCUGGAUUGAGCUUCCAUGAUGUGGAGGAGGUGUAUGAGUGCGGCGACGACGAGGAGCGCAUCCGCAUGGCUAUCAGUGGGUGGUUCCAUAUCCCGCAGGAGGGCGAGGAGGGCUACAUCCCUGGUCUCGAGGAGGAGCUCGCCGAGAAGAGCUCCCUACAGCAGCUACAGAGUAAGAGCGACACCUUCGACUUUCCAAAGCCCCAAGCAGUCACCGAGGAAGUCAAACCCCAAGCAGACAACAACAACAACAACGAAGAAGACGACGAAGCCAGCGACGACACAAUCCUGACAGAAGCAGACCUCACCUUCCUGCUGCAGUACAUCGCGCCCACCUAUCUGACGCCCGACACACUAGAAGAGCUCCGCGACGCCUUCCGCGAAGACUCCUCCGUGCAGAUCACGCACUUCCUCUCAAAGUCCUUCUCCGCCAAACUCAAAGCGCACCUCGACCCCCUCGACAGCGCCCUGCACGCCGCCCCCACGCCGCCAUGGCGCGUCGCCACCCCACCACACAAGCACCGCUACCUCUACCUCCAGCAGCAGGGCAGCAGCCGCGCACCCACCACCCCCAUCGACGAGCUCCUCACCAUCCUCUUCCCCUCGCGCCCAUUCCGAAAGCUCCUCCAGCUCGCCACGGACACGCAGCUAACGCCCGCGGGCAACCUCCUCGCGCGCCGAUUCCGCCGCGGCCUCGACUACACGCUUGCGACGGGCUACGGGGGCGCGGGCGCUGGCGAGAUUGACGAGAACGGCGAGGGCGAUGGGGAGGCUGCUGCGGCGGCGAUGCGCGUCGAGGUGUGUUUGGGUGUUACGCCGUCGAGGGGGUGGGGCGGCGAGGAGGAGGAUGACGACGGUAGGGAGGGGGAGGGGGGGAAGACGGCGGGGGGCGCGAAGAAGAAGGGGAAGGCGAAGAUGAAGGUGCCCAGGCCGAGUAAAUUUGAUGACUCGGAGAGGAGUGUUGGUGGUUAUGAGAUGUACAUGGCCGGCGACGACUCCGACAGCGACACCUCUUCCGAUGACGACGACGACGACGAAAACGCGGGCGCCAAGAAGAAGAAGAGCAAAAAGUCGGAUCCGGCAAUCUACAAGACGGCCAAGGCCGACGACGACGACAGCGUGCUGUUCACGAUGCCGGCCGCGUGGAACAGGUUCAGCAUUGUGCUGCGCGACGCGGGCGUGCUGAAGUUUGUCAAUGAGGAGGGGGAAGGGGAGGGGGAGGGGGAGGGGGAGGGGGAAGAGGGGGAAGGGGAGGAGUGGGCGGGGAUUGAUGAUGAUGAUGAGGAGGAGGAGGAGGAGUAG